UAUAGCGCUUGCUCAGAGAAACACAGAUCCAACAUGGCGGCGUUCUGACUUUUGGAGGAGGGAACUGGGUGUAAAUAAACACGCUUUAGACUUUUUAAAAACUUUAGGUAAUAACACUCGCAUUUUUGUGUAUGUGACAUAUUGUACCGGUGAAAGAAAAUGUCAACUGACGGAAACAAGAAACAAUUCUGGAAAAGAAAUACAGCUAAGGUCCCUGGCAGCAUACAACAUGUGUAUGGUGCUCAACAUCCUCCUUUCGACCCUCUUCUGCAUGCUAAUCUAAUCAAAGCGGGCAACAAGCCCCUGGCGACACCGGGAGGGAAGCCAAAGAAAGCCACCACCUUCCAGGAGUUUGAGAGCAUCACCAGCGAUGCCUGGGACGUGGGGGACGACGACGACGAGCUGCUCGCCAUGGCCGCACAGAACCUCAACACCGAGGUCGUCAUGGAGACCGCCAACAAGGUGAUCGAGAACCACAGCAAGCAGCAGGAGAAGCAGAGACGGGACGAUGCCGACGCGUCAGAGCUGGAGGACCGAGAGGAAGAGGAGGCGCGUGAGGAAGAGCAGGGGGAGGAAGGGGAGGAAUCGACCCCUGAGGUGUCGUUUGCUUGUGAGCCCAGCCCGCUCAGUGAUGGCAGACUGGUGAAGUCACUGAGUGAGGCCCCUAUCGGAUCACCUAAGGAUGCGUCGCUCCACAGACAGCAGUCCCUGCCCCACCGGCCCACCAUCCCCAUGGUGGCUCGUAUAGCUGACCAGAACACCUCCGGGAACCCAGCCAUGACAGAGAGAGAGGCAUCCCGCCUGGACAAGUUUAAACAGGUCCUGGCUGGACCCAACACUGACCUUGAGGAAUUACGAAAGUUGAGCUGGUCUGGAAUUCCGCGCCAGGUUCGUCCAAUCACGUGGAAGCUCCUUUCGGGUUACCUUCCUGCCAACACAGAGAGGAGAGAGAGCACGCUACAGAGGAAGAGACAGGAAUACUUUGGUUUCAUAGAACAGUACUACGACUCGCGCAACGACGAGCACCACCAAGACACAUACAGACAGAUUCACAUUGACAUACCGAGAACUAAUCCCCUUAUUCCUCUCUUUCAACAAGCUUCUGUCCAAGAGAUCUUUGAGCGUAUCCUGUUCAUCUGGGCGAUCCGCCACCCGGCCAGCGGCUACGUGCAGGGCAUCAACGACCUCGUCACGCCUUUCUUCGUCGUCUACGUCUUUGAGUACAUCAAGGAGGAGGUGGAGAAUUUUGACGUGUCCAGCUUGCAGGAGGAGGCUUUGCGAAACAUCGAGGCAGACAGUUUCUGGUGCAUGAGCAAAUUGUUGGACGGCAUUCAGGACAACUACACAUUUGCCCAGCCGGGGAUCCAAAGGAAUGUCAAGGCUCUGGAGAAGUUGGUCAGCAGGAUCGAUGAAACGGUGCACGUCCACAUGCAGCAGUAUGAAGUGGAGUACCUUCAGUUUGCCUUCCGUUGGAUGAACAACCUGCUGAUGAGAGAGCUGCCGUUACGCUGCACUAUACGCCUCUGGGACACUUACCAGGCUGAACCUGAGGGAUUCUCUCACUUCCACCUCUACGUGUGUGCUGCUUUCCUGGUGCGAUGGAGGAAAGAGAUUCUGGACGAGCGAGAUUUCCAGGGUCUGAUGAUUCUGCUGCAGAACCUACCCACCAUGCACUGGGGCAACGAGGAGGUCAGCGUGCUCCUGGCUGAAGCCUACAGGCUGAAGUUUGCCUUCGCUGAUGCCCCCAACCACUACAAGAGAUGAGUGUGGGCCCCUGACAGCUAGCUACUGAACACCUGACAGAGGCCCCCUGGCGGACGGAUGGAUGGAACCCCUCCUCGACUUUCUUGUCCCUCUGCAGUCCACGACCGGUGCAACUAGUAGAUGAAAACAAAAACGUUUGCGUCACAAAUGGCACCCUAUUCUCUACAAAAUGCGUUGUUUUUGACCAGAGCCCCAAGUAGUGCACUGUGUAGGGAAUAGGGGGCCAUUUGGGAAGCCAGUGCUUCUUGGUAUGUGUGUACCGUUCUAACCGACUGUUCUUCUUGACUCCUUUUCUCUUUGUUCUUAACGAUGAAAUUACAUUUGUGCCACACUCCAACAACAUCGAUGCCUGUCCCAUCGAAGUAGACCUCAACCAAACAAGAAAGACCUCCAGUCAGUGUGGUAGUGGAGAUCUUGCUGCAGACCCAUGGAUGACUGUUCUAGACUGUCCUGUACUGUUUGUCCCUGACUGGCCACCGUCCCCAAGGAACUCAGACCUUCUCCUAGAGGCCCAGUCACAUUGAGUGGAUCUCCACAGCAGGCGCAACAAGUCCCGAGACCGAAUGAAUGAAUUGUAGGUCUGAACGAACCCUGUGUGUGGGGGGGGGGGGGGGUAGAGAGAGAUAUUCUGUACUUGGUUGAUAUGUCACUUUUAAUUCCUAAGGAAACUGAGGACACAUGUUGUCAUCCUAGCUGGCAUCGAGCUCUUCUUUCAUCUCCGUGCUUUCAGUUCCAAACGAGCAGUCAAUCCCCCAGAGACGAGUAGGUUUUUAGUUAAAAAAACAGAAACGCGUUCACAUAAAAGUUAAUAAUUAGCUAACAGGGAGAUCAGAAAGUGUCUUAUUAUUCUGGCUGAUUUCUUUCUGACUCUGACAUGGUCCGCAGGGCUGGUUCUAAUGAUCUAAUGAUGUGUCUAACAACACUCUCUCAACUCUUAUGUAAGAUAUGGAAUAUUUUGUCGCUUGGCUGAGGGAGGGACGAGUGUCGCGUGACUUUGCCUGACGUACGAUCAUCUCUGAACGUAGGACUCACUACCUAACUCGGUCAGUUAGACACUUUGGUACUGCACCGCGCAGUGGUGACCGGGCACCUUUUAGGCCAGGAGAUUUCCUAGUUAGGUCACAUGGUCAGAAAACUCGUACCCGGGUUGAUAAUGGUAGAUGUGGGCACUGAUAAACAACUACAUUGUAACGCAGUGGGCUGUACAGUAACAUGCUAUACGUGUCAGAGCUCUGUAUGGGUUUUGGCUGACGGACAUUCUGAACUUGAGCACCUCGCGCGACCUUGUUGAAAAUGUUCAUGUGUUUUUAGUCAAUUUAUCUGGUCAAAAAAUAUACUUUUUUUCUUUUCUUGUCUGAGUGAGGGAAAUGCUAUACGUUUUUGAAAGAUGAGAAAUCGAGGAUUAUAAUACAUACCGCUUUAAUGUCAUAAUCAAGCCAAAACACCCGUGAGUUCAAAUAUGCACUUCACGUUUCCAUAUCAUAAAACUCAUGUCAUAUACAGCGUCAACAUUUAGGAUGACUAUGUUUGAUAUGCAGUUACAAGAUGACAUGGCGUCAUCCACUGGGUUGUUCUGAACAGAAUGAGCCUAAUAUUUGUCUGUUGUGAAGAAAAUUUGCCGCGGCACACGCACCUGAAUGCACCCGAGACUCCUUUCUAUGUGCACCAGGAUUAUACAUUGCAUUGCGAAAGCAAGUAAUAUCGUAUUUUAUAGCUAGUCAUUUUGGCAAUAGAAGAACAAACUUUCAAAUGAUGACCACCUGACCCAGAUUGCGAUUUUAUAAAUGGACCAUUUUUGGAUUGCGUUAACAGUAGUAAUUGUGUGAUGAUGGGGAUGCAGGGUUGUGUUCCAAACAAACAAAAUACACGUACAGCUAGGAGAGCUCAUGAACACGGCACCUUAUAGUUGGAAGACUCUUCUUUGAGUCGUUAAAGUGCUUUGAAAUGACCUAGGAACUGUGCCCACUUUGGAGAGGUGCAUGGCCACGAGGAGACACCAGUUAGUCCUCUCACUCAAACCCUUGUCAUUUUUUUUGUCAAGUGUUGCAUCUUCCAGGAAUGUUCUUAUCGUGUUACUGAAUAUAUCCAGAGUAUUUUCAGAUUCUAUCAACAAAUGCCGCGAAAGUACAGUAAAUGUAGAAUGCACAUCAAAUCAAGUGUAGUCAUUUCCCCAUCAUCUCCUAACUGUUCCCUUUCAACUGCUACCAUGAUUAUGCAUAUGCUUUUCAGAUUUCGUCUGUGAGAAACAUUUCAAGUUAGCCCUAUCCACAUAGUCAAAUUUCCGUGAGUGUAAAGGGUUAAGAAAAUAUACUCCUCAAAACACAGAAGUAGGACCAUGAGUUUUGUUGUCGGGUAAAAACUUCUGGACUACGACCAUUUUGUGACUGCUCAUAGCCCAGAACCAGGGCCCAUAGAACCCAGUCCGGUAGCUUUGUUGGUUAUUCAGUCUAUUCAUGAACACUGACUGACUGGGGGGUGUUAGGGUGGAAUACAUUAACUCUCUUCAUUUGACUGCUUAGGGUUUUUAUUUGAUGUACCAAAUGAUGGGAUAGUUUGUUUUUGCCUGGUGUAGAGGCCUCAAACUCAACUCUGGACUCAACCCAGUUCAACUCCUAUGUUUCAUUGUUCCCCUCUAAUCAGGGACUGAUUUUAGUCCUGGGACAACAGGUGGGUGCAAUUAAUUAUCAGGUAGAACAGAAAACCAGCAGGCUCCGGACCGUGUGGGUUAAGAGUUGUUAUACCCCUUGUGUAGAGGGUGGAUAUACGAUGUAAAUUGGACGUUGAAAUAAUAUUAUGUACAACUUUUAUCAUCAAAAACAUCCUGCCAGGUAACGAUGAAGACCAAUAGUUGUUGCAUGAUCUCCUCAAUGAUGUGUGUGUUUAUGUGGGUUGGGAGUGUAUGUAAACAUGGGGCAGCUUAAUACUCUGUAUUUGAACCUCCUCAGCUUCUUUUGAUCAUGUCGGUAAUGUUUUUGCGCUCCAUGUCAGCUCCAGGCCCAAUUUCCUAUUCUCACAUUGAUUAGAAACUAAAAAGAACUGCACUUGAUAAAAGUCCAUUUUCUUUCCUUUUUUGUACGGAUUAUAUUAUUUGGAAUCAGCUUUAAAAGAAACAAAAAUGUCUCUCCCUUUUUUUUUAAAUAUAUACUGUUUACAUGAGCCUAUUAAGUUGUGCCUAAUGUAGAGAUAGCAGAUGAUCAUCAUAGAUAUUUAUUUAACCUUAAUUUAAGCUCUCUGCAAAUGAAACUCACACUCUGUUUGCUAAGCCAUGACAGUAUCUGCAUCCAAAGUGGCACCCUAUUCCAUAUAUAGUGCACUACUUUCGACCAGAUCCCUAUGGGCCCUGGACUAAGUAGUGCCCGAUAUAGGGAAUAGGGUGCCAUUUGGGACGCAACCAAUGAGUCCACAGAGUCACAUCAGUAAGUCUAGCAGCUGCCUUCUCUGGUGUCCUUAUGUGUUUCAACUUGGUUUGAUGUACCGAACAACCCUUACACACACCUUCGGUAAAAGUCAAAAGCCCGGGGUUACCAUGGUUACGGUGGUGACCUGGUGUCCGUCCGCUGGCUGGAGGCCUCGGACACACACACACACUCACACUGGACGUUGCAGUCAGCAUCUCAUGGGGUCAUGACCUAACAUGUUUGGUCUGCCUCCUAAAGCCUUCUUUUUUUUUAGGGUUGUAAUUUUACUGUUGCUCGGUUUCUUUUCAGAGAUGUUCAAAUGUUUCUGACCAAACUAAGACUGGUCCUCUUUCCCUUCUGACUUCUGACUAAGACAUGUGAAAGUGUGAACCUCAUACAGUGGAGAGUGAUCGUGAUUUUCUUAAAAAAUAAAAAUCUGUGUACAGAGAAUGAAUUUUGAAACAAAGAUCUGUAAAUAGAAAAGUGUAAAUAAAUGCUAUAUAUGACCAAA